CACACACGCAAAGGCGCACACACGCACACGCCACGAGGAGUGUGAACGCAACAUUUUUGGAUAUUAGCACGCAAGGAAUCGCCGUUUUUCACUCGUGGGCGUGAAAAGAAUCGGACGGGCCGUCCUCAUGCCCGUCGAGGCAGGCCGGCCGUGCAGGCAGUAGAAGAAGAGAAGAAAAAGAAGAGGUGGAAAAAGAGUGACAGGGUGGAGGACGAAAGUGUGCUGACGUUUGGCUGGUGGGCGUGCAGGGAGCAACGUCUCAGGGAUAUGUCCACUGGCAGCGCAAGAGGUCAUGGGGGUCUUAACCAAUUAGGCGGAAUGUUUGUUAAUGGCCGUCCACUUCCGGAGGUGAUCCGGCAACGCAUCGUGGACAUGGCCCACCAGGGGGUCCGGCCCUGCGACAUCUCCCGGCAGCUCCGAGUCAGCCACGGCUGCGUCAGCAAAAUUCUGGGACGGUAUUACGAGACGGGAAGCAUCAAACCCGGAGUGAUCGGCGGCUCCAAGCCAAAAGUGGCCACGCCGAAGGUGGUGGACAAGAUUGCGGAGUACAAGCGGCAGAACCCCACCAUGUUCGCCUGGGAGAUCAGGGACAGGUUGCUCGCCGAAGCCGUGUGCGACGGCGACACCGUGCCCAGCGUCAGCUCCAUCAACAGGAUCAUUCGAACCAAAGUCCAGCAGCCGUUCAAUCUCCCCUUGGAUGGAAAAGGCCUGAGCCCAGGACAAACCUUGAUUCCCAGUUCAGCCGUCACCCCGCCCGAGUCUCCGCACUCUGACUCUUUGGGCUCCACCUACUCCAUUAGCGGCCUCCUGGGCAUCCCCCAACCCAGCAACGAGGGCAAGAGGAGCCACGAUGACAGUGACCAGGACAGCUGUCGGCACAGUGUGGACUCUCAAGGAAGUGGCGGCGGAGGCAUUCCCAGAAAAAGCAUGCGGGUGGAACACUUCUCGCAGCACGUGGACUGCGGCUUCGAGCGUCCCCACUACCCUCCGGACUCUUUCCCCAGCUCCGCCUCCGGUAGCAAGACGGAGCAGCUAAUCCUUGGCCGUCAGACUUUGUACCCGCUGUCGCUCAUCAGCGGCAGCCUGGACGAGGCUAAAGGCGGUUUGUCGUCAUCGAGCUCCGCCAUUGGACGCAACCUGGCGGCGCAUCAGAGCUACGCCAUGGUGCCUGAGCAACUCCAGUCCUUGCCGCUCUGCCUGAAGCAGGAAUUGUCCCCGGAGGUCACCAGCACUAGCCCCGCCUCGCCAAACAUGGCGGCGUCCAACCUGGCAUUUGUGGAGCUGCAGAAACCCAUUUCUAUGAAUAGCUGCAGUGGCGGCGCUAGCAACCAUUUUCCCAACUCCUUCAACUCAUUCUCCCAUCAUGCACCUGUGUAUGGCCAGUUUGGCAGCCAAUCAGUCAUCUCAGGGCGAGACAUGGUGAGCUCCACGCUGCCGGGUUACCCGCCUCACAUCCCGUCACCGGCCCAGUCGGGAUACUCCUCUUCGGCCAUCGCCGGCGUUGUCGCGGGUGCCGACUACCCCGCUCAGUCGUACAGCCACUCGCCCUACGCCUCCUACAGCGAAGCCUGGAGGUUCACCAACUCCAGCAUACUCGGUUCACCUUACUAUUACAGCACAGCCUCCCGAAGCACCGCCCCCUCGGCGGCCGCCUACGACCACCUCUAGUCACCCGCCGGACGGACUUUCACAAACCUGAUUACAACCUGGAUUGACUUUCUGAUGACUCUGCAGAUGAACCAGCAAUUUUUAUUUUUGGGACGAGUCAAUUAUUUAUUUGCCAUUCCCCAUCCAAGCGACCCAGGGUAACUCGGACUGGAGUACGUUUACGCAUCUGCAGCCUUACGUGUCACACGGUGCAUCUUUUUCAGUGCUUGUCACAGUUUUUGGCCAAAGACUUGUUUUUUUCGCACUACCCGACAAAGGAUAUGCAAGAUCUUUAUAAUGAACUAUGCUUGAUUUUUUUGUUGUUGUUAUUGUUGGUUUACAAUGGCUUCUUUUUACAUUGGAGAAUCUAUUCGUUGUUAAUUUGACUGCUUGUGAAUGAGUUGGGGAAAAAAUGAUUUGUCUACAUGAUGUAUAUAAUGUAAAGUGGCCAUGCUGGUGGACAUUGAUUUGAUGACAAAAAGCAAAAACAGGCUUCCAUACACAUUUAGUUUGUUCCCAUGUUGGUAAGAAUUGUGACUAUUUUUUAUUCAUAUAUACAGUUAUUAAUAUUAUUGCAGAUGGACUGUAAAUAGGGAAUUUCUAAAGAAUUAUUUUUAAUUAAAGCAUGGCAAAGGUGA